CUUUUUCUCGUAAACACCCCUUUACAUUUAAAAGCGCCCAUGGAGACCCCCUCAACCACUAGAAAUGAAAAAAAUGCUAACUCCGUUAACGGAAUGGAGGAAAUGACCAAAAUACCCUUUUCUAUUAUACCCUUAAAGGAAAAAAAAUUUUAAAAAAUCCUGAAAAUAUUUACCCCACCGGCAAAAUUGGAGGAGAAGGAGGAGGGUCCGACACUAAUAUUUACCCCACCCUACCCAAAUGGCCUCCGAGCACAAGUGGGUGCGACGCUAAUAACGAUUCCGUCGGGUCAACCCAAUUUAGCGGCAACCCCGUCGCCGCCGUCUUCUUCUUCUGCUCGCACGUGCCUCUGUUCUCCGACGACCCACCCGGGUUUGUUCCGGUGCAGCCUCCACAGGAACUCCGGAAGGGUUUUCCAGAAGACCCCAAACCCAAAAUUCUGAUCGGGGAUUUUCAAGAAUCCAGCUAGCAUUUUUUGGGUUUACUCCCUAUAAGGGAUUUCUGAAGCAUCUGAUAAUCAAGAUUCUGUUUUUGGCUAUAUAGAGAUCAGGGUUUUCAAGAAGACCCAACUAGCCAAAUUCUGAUUUGGGAUUCAAUUUGGUUGUUCUGAUGAAAAAUGAAUUUCAGAAGCAUGGAAGAAUUCUGGGCUUUCUAUGUGAACCAACACUCAAAGCCAGCAACAAGGCGUUGGCAUUUUGCUAGAACUAUCAUUAGUAUUCUCUGCUUGAUCUACUCCUUAUGCUUCAAUUGGUGGUGUGUAUUUCUUGUGCCUUUAUUUGGCUAUGGUUUUGCUUGGUACAGUCAUUUCUUUGUCGAAGGGAAUGUCCCGGCCACAUUCGGGCAUCCCUUCUGGUCUCUCAUGUGUGAUUUUAAGAUGUUUGGAUUGAUGCUUACUGGUCAAAUGGAUAGAGAGAUCAAGAGGCUUGGUAAGAGGCCUAUCUUGCAGGUGUGGAUUGUCAAAGGGCAUUUUUGUCCAAAAAAUACCCAAUUUGCUGAUAAUGUGACCUCCCAUCAAACAGUUCUGAGACAGAAGGGUGUUACUUGGGUAACGGGAAUAGGUGAGGAGGUCUCCAUGGGCGCUUUUAAAUGUGAGGGGGUGUUUACGAGAAAAAAUGAUAGUUGAGGGGGUGUUUAUGUACU